AGUUGAGUUGAUGAACCCUUAAACACGGUGAUGGAGGUCUAAUCAAGUACUUUAAUGGUACGAUACUAUUAUCAUAUCCCUAACCUCAAACGUAACGCAACGCCACGUGACGAUACAGGUCCGUACCAACUGUCAAAACAAUCUGUCCUUCACUUGUCCCACAAUCCGACAUCACAUCACAUCACUUCCCCUUCCAUACGCAAAAAACUGAGAAACAAAAAUAACCAAGUUUCCAACUUCAAAAAACCAAACCCAGAAGCCAAAGCAAAGCAAAGCACAACUUUUAACGUAUCAUCCAUCCCUUUCCUCCAAGCAAACCCAACCAGAAGCCAAGACAAACAAAACACUUGUUUCUUCUUUACACCAAAUAAAGAAGAAAAAGAACAAGGACAAGUUUGUGUUUCGGUUGGAUCAUGAUGGCAGGUGAAGGGGUUUCAAGAGAAACCCAAAUGUCUAUUCAAGCCUCUUCAAUGUUUCCAGGGUUUAGAUUUUCACCAACUGAUGUUGAGCUCAUUUCUUAUUACUUGAAAAAGAAACUGGAUGGUUAUGACAAAUGUGUUGAGGUCAUUCCUGAGAUUGAAAUUUGCAGAUAUGAGCCUUGGGACUUGCCAGUAAAGUCCAUCAUAAAGUCAGAUAAUGAAUGGUUCUUCUUUUGUGCUCGAGGAAGGAAGUACCCAAAUGGUUCACAAAGUAGACGGGCAACCGAACAGGGUUAUUGGAAAGCCACAGGGAAAGAACGUAAUGUGAAGUCCGGUUCGAAUGUGAUCGGCACGAAGAGGACUCUCGUCUUCCACACAGGUCGUGCUCCGAAAGGGGAAAGGACCGAAUGGAUCAUGCAUGAAUAUUGCAUGAAAGGAAAAUCCCAGGAUUCCCUAGUGGUAUGCCGUCUUAGGAAGAACAGCGAGUUUCGUCUGAAUAACAAUUCGAAUCGGGUUGCUCGGAAUCACAGGGAGUUGUCAAUCGUGCAUGACAGCAACCAUGCUACCUCAGAUGGUGGAACUGAUCUAACUGGCAUCUCUGAAGGAGACAAGGCAAUUGAAUUCUAUUCAAAGAAGGCUACUAGCAGUAACGAUUCUCAUUCUAUAGAGCAAAUCGAUUCGGCAUCCGAAUCCGAGCAAAAGCUUUCCAAUGAAGUUGCACCAACAGAGUCUUCUACACUUAAGAAGGAUUCUGAUGAUGAAGAAGAUUUCUUCGCUGAGAUACUGAAAGAUGAUAUAAUCAGGCUUGAUGAAGCUUCAUUGUCAGCCUCAACACCUGAGGUUUUGCCUAUGAUAGCCACCACUACCCACCGUGUAUCCCUUCUCCAGGGCGGAGCAAACCGGAGAAUCAGAUUGACAAGAACUAAAGCAGAUAUCAUCCAACAUGGCAUCGGUGGGAUCUCGACCAAGAAAUGGAAGUCGGAGGAACCACCAAAAUGUUUGCUAUCUGUAUUCUCACCGAGGACUGCCAUUUUAGUCAUCCUGAUAACUUUACUGGCUUUGUUGCUGCCAUGUUCUAACUUCAAAAGCAGCAAAGUAAUUCAAAUAUGAUGCAUUGUAGCAGCAGAAGUUAUGGGAAUGAAUAGCGUUCAUAGCUGAGGGCAUUUGAUUAUUUCAACAUUGAGUUCUUUAUCUGGGGGUGUAAAAGAAUCCAGUUUGGUUAGUUUAAAUGGUCAUGAAUAAUAUAAUUAUUUGUAUUCAAGUUGUUCUUCUUUCAUAUUUAGUCUAAAAGCUAGCCAACAUUUGUUUGUUUA